AUAAUUACAUAAUAUAAAAAUUUAAUAUUCAUUGUUUAGAGCUUUCUUCUACUGCCAAUCAAGUGGUUUGAAGUUUCAAAAUACGUAGCAAAGGCAUCUCUAAUUUGUACAGCCUCAACGUUCCUUCGUACACUGCAAUUACGUAUAUUUUCAAUUCCAGUUGACAUUACAUUUCGGUCAUUAUCACUUAAAACAGAAUACAUUCUUUCCGAUGGCAUGAUUGAAAUUCACAUUUCAUUAUAAAAUUAUGUAUGGCCGUUGCAGCUUGAACGAUUAAUUUGGAUUUCAUCGAUAUGCGAGCAACAAUUAGCCGACGAAAAAUUCGUCAUCCACUAAUAACCCAAACGCACAUUCGACUGUUCUCCGUGCCUGACUUAAUCUGUAAUUAAAAAUUUUCUUCAUAAGUUUUCUUCAUAAUUUUCUUCAUAGUUAAGUUCCCACUCCGAGAGUAUGGCUGCAUAUAAGAUGUUAGUGGAAAUGCCUCGUCCUCUAGUAAGACAUAUGGAAAUUUGAAUCCGCUACCAUCCAAAUGAAGUAAAUUUGUAUUUAAUAGUCAAGCACUGCUAGCAAAUACACUUGCAUCGCUACGUCUUCCUUCUGCUCCAAUGUCCACGAAGUUGAAGCAACAUUUUGCAUCACUCACAGCUAAUUGCAGAAAAACUGUAUCCUUCAAGACCUCCCACAAUGCAGUGCAACUCUCUCUUACGAUUUUGGAUGCUGUAUUGAGGGCAAUACGAAAUGCAUAUGCUAAACUGAAUGAGAUGCUAAACUGUCACCGGAUGCUAAUCAGCGAAAAGUCAACUGCAAUUUUGUACGAGAACGAAGAUCUCAGGAAAAGCAAACGAAAUGGAGCUAGCGACCCUAAGGUAGAACGCCUCAAAGAACUCCUUCGCAGUAUAUCUCAGCCUUCAGGUUCGCUGCCUGGUUAUCGAAAAAAAUUGAAAUGACUCACGUUGUCAAGAUCAUGACUCUGAGUGAUCAUCGAGCAGUUUCAGCAAGCGAUCGUUACUCACUAAAAAAAUAUUAAAAUUAAAAUGAACAAUUCACCUCCGCUGACUUUUUUUACCCUUCCACACAUUACGAAGGUCAUCAUACCGAACAACCUUCGGAAGGUUGUAGCAGUA